AGCGUCACUUUAAAAAACCCUCCUCCCUCUCUCCCUCCUACUGCAAUCUUUGCAGUCUUUCCAACUUCGCUUUCACCCUCCUUUUCCAACCCCCCAAAACCCUAAUAAAUCUCUCUCUCUCUGUUAUCUAUGUGUUCAUACGGCGUACAUGUUAUUUUGUAGCAGUCGAGUUUCUUCGUAGAAAAACGAACUAAUUAAUCGAUGGGUGUGACAAUGCAUGUCAAAUCGGACUCGGACGUGACGAGCAUAGACGCAUCAUCUCCACCAAGAUCGCCGCGGAGGCCACUGUACUACGUGCAGAGUCCAUCACAGCAUGAUUUAGAGAAGAUGUCAUAUGGGUCCAGCCCAUUUGGAUCGCCUCAUCACUACCAUUGUUCUCCCAUUCACCACUCACGUGAGUCGUCCACCUCACGUUUCUCUGCCUCCCUCAAGAACACCGCUAGAAACCCUCCGGCGUGGAAGAGGAUAAACAGAAGCCAUGAGGAGGACGGCGAUGAAGAGGAGGACGAUGACGGAGAUGGUGAAGAGUCGGCGAGUCACGUGAGGUUCUAUGUGUUGUGUUUUGUGUUCUCGUUUGUGGUGCUGUUUACCAUCUUUUCGUUUAUUCUUUGGGCUGCCCAUGUUCCCUACAAGCCCAAAAUCUUUGUCAAGAACAUGGUGUUCGAGAGCUUUAUUGUACAAGCAGGAAUGGAUAGAACAGGAGUACCAACGGAUAUGUUGACUUUAAAUUCGACGGUGAAGAUUUUUUAUCGCAAUCCUGCCACAUUCUUCGGUGUUCAUGUCACAGCUACUCCUCUUGAGCUUUACUACUAUGAGCUCAAGGUUGCCUCUGGCCGUAUAAAAAAAUUCUACCAGUCGAGGAAGAGUCAGAGGACAAUAAUAGCAGUGGUUCUUGCAGAUCAGGUGCCACUGUAUGGCGGAGUGCCGGUCCUCAGUGGUGCCCAAGGUCACCUUGAGAGUGCAUCAGUUCCACUUAACCUGACUUUUGUGAUGAGGUCAAGGGCCUACAUCCUUGGGAGGCUGGUGAAGCCCAAGUUCUACAGAAGCAUUACAUGUGAAGUCACUCUAAAAGGCAACCGACUAGGCAAGCCCAUGAAUUUGACCAAUUCUUGCGUUUAUCACUUUAAAUGAUUCACUUCCUUUUGGAUACUUGAAAACAAAUUUAGGCAUCCUUUGAAGGGCAUAGUAACCAUGUUAGGUUUUGUGACUUUUGAUUUAGUUGCAGGCAUUUGCAUAAAUUUCAGGUGCCCAUUAAUGCAUUUGAUAUAAUCGGAAACAUGAA